GACGUAUGAGUAGACUAGACUCUUUACUGUAUUCGUUGGGUCAGCACUGCAGAGAUUAGCUUGCUACACAGACAGGGAUUCCUAAACCCGAAUCAUGCACAUCGUCAUUACAACUAAAUGGGAGUGGAGCAGAAAUUGUGCAAGAUAUGGAUAGAUUCCGUUGGUCCUAUAAAUAUUGCGCGGUCGUUGCUUCGAUUCAAGUUUCCACAAAGUCCCCCAUUCCAUUAUAAUGCUUCUCGAGGAGUCGGCUCUUUGGAACCAUCGUGGUGUGCUGAUUUCCUCACGUGUGUUUUCUGUUAAAAGUGGCGAGGCUGGGAUAAACUCAGGGACAUUUGCAAACAAGAGGCAUUAGCGCGGGUACAUUUGUUUCGUUUUUUUUUUUUUUACUUGAUUUCUGAAGUCGAGGAGGAAGGUGUAACGUUAGGUAGUUGUAGUUGUGAUCCAGCAACAACAAAAAAACAAAAACAAGCUGAAACAUGGGGAACGCAGGGAGUAUGGACCAGCAAACUGAUUUCAGGGGACAUAACAUGCCCCUGAAGCUGCCUAUGCCGGAGCCAGGCGAAUUGGAGGAGAGAUUCGCAAUCGUUUUGAACUCUAUGAACCUUCCUCCAGACAAAGCGCGACUAUUGCGGCAGUACGACAACGAGAAGAAGUGGGAACUUAUCUGUGAUCAGGAACGAUUCCAAGUGAAGAACCCCCCCCACACAUACAUCCAGAAGCUGAGGGGCUUUCUGGACCCGGCCGCCACCAGGAAGAAAUUCAGACGGAGGGUGCAGGAGUCCACCCAGGUCCUGAGAGAACUGGAAAUUUCGUUAAGGACCAAUCACAUAGGGUGGGUGAGAGAGUUCUUAAACGAAGAAAACAAAGGCCUGGACGUACUGGUGGAGUAUCUGUCUUUUGCGCAGUACGCUGUCACGUUUGAUGGCGACAGCGUGGAGAAGAACCCGGAGAAGUCGGUGGACAAGCCCUGGAGCAGAUCCAUAGAGGACCUGCAUGGGGGGAGUAACCUCCCGUCCCCCGUCAGCGGGAACAGCAUUACCCGCGCCGGGCGACACGCCACGCUACGUUACCUCCUGACACAGGCUGACAAGUCAAGUUGCAACGCGUUGCCGAGCCGGAGAACUCUGAAGAACUCCCGGCUGGUCUGUAAGAAGGACGACGUUCACGUCUGCAUCAUGUGCCUGCGAGCCAUCAUGAACUACCAGUACGGCUUCAACAUGGUGAUGUCCCACCCGCACGCUGUGAAUGAAAUUGCACUAAGUCUGAACAAUAAGAAUCCCAGAACCAAAGCUCUGGUGUUGGAGCUGCUGGCCGCCGUGUGUCUCGUGAGGGGGGGACACGAAAUCAUUCUCUCUGCGUUCGACAACUUCAAGGAGGUGUGUGCUGAGACGCAGCGGUUCGAGAGGCUGAUGGAACACUUCAAGGACAUGGACAACAACAUCGACUUUAUGGUGGCGUGUAUGCAGUUCAUCAACAUCGUGGUCCACUCGGUAGAGGACAUGAACUUCCGGGUUCACCUGCAGUAUGACUUCACCAAGCUCUGUCUGGACACCUACCUGGAUAAGCUGAAGCACACGGAGAGUGACAAGCUGUCGGUGCAGAUCCAGGCCUACCUGGACAACGUGUUUGACGUGGGCGCCCUGCUGGAGGACGCCGAGACCAAGAACGCCGCGCUGGAGCGCGUGGAGGAGCUGGAGGAGAACAUGUCACAUAUGACGGAGAAGCUGCAGGACACGGAGAACGAGGCCAUGUCCAAGAUCGUGGAGCUGGAGAAACAGCUGAUGACGCGCAACAAGGAGCUCGACUCGAUCCGGGAGGUGUACAAGGACGCCAACUCGCAGGUGCACACGCUGCGGCGGAUGGUGAAGGAGAAGGACGAGGCCAUCCAGAGGCAGUGCAACCUGGAGAAGAAGAUCCACGAGCUGGAGAAGCAGGGCACCAUGACGAUCCAGAAGAAGGGCGACGGGGACAUCUCCAACCUGCCCUCGCCGCCCGCCCCCGGGGGCCCGCUGGUGGCUGGCGUGCCAGGGGUCUAUAACGGGGGCACGGUCAGCCCGAUGGGGUCGAAUGGGGUCCCGGGGAUGCCCGCGCCGCCCCCUCCUCCUCCCCCACCGCUUGUGCCUGGGACGGUGCCAAAUGGGCCUUUGGCUGGUCCCGCCGCCCCUCCCCCGCCGCCCCCUCCUCCCCCGCCUCCCCCCGGCCCCAUGGAGGUGUCUGCUCCCCUGCCCCCGCCUCCACCCCCCAUGGCCCCCCCGCUCCCGGGCUGUGGAUCCCCCACCGUCAUCUUCAACUCAGGGUUAGCAGCCGUGAAGAUUAAAAAGCCCAUCAAGACCAAGUUCCGUUUGCCCGUGUUCAACUGGGUGGCGCUGAAGCCCAACCAAAUCAACGGCACUGUGUUCAACGAGAUCGACGACGAGAGGAUACUGGAGGACCUGAACGUGGAUGAGUUUGAGGAGAUGUUCAAGACGAAAGCCCAGGGCCCGGCCAUCGAUUUGAUCAUGAGCAAGACCAAGGUCAUCCAGAAGGGGCCCAACAAGGUGGCACUGCUGGACGCCAACCGGGCCAAGAACAUGGCCAUCACCCUGAGGAAAGUGGGAAAGGCCCCUGAGGAGAUCUGCAAGGCCAUCCAGCUGUUUGACCUGCGCACCCUGUCGGUGGACUAUGUGGAGUGUCUGAUGCGCUUCCUGCCCACGGAGAGCGAGGUGAAGAUCAUGCGUCAGUACGAGAAGGAGAGGAAGCCCGUGGAGGCGCUGACGGACGAGGACCGCUUCAUGAUGCACUUCAGCAAGAUCGAGCGACUCAUGCAGAAGAUGACCAUCAUGGCCUUCAUUGGCAACUUCUGUGAGAGCGUACAGAUGCUGACGCCGCAACUCCAUGCGGUCAUCGCAGCAUCUGUGUCAAUAAAGUCCUCGCAGAAACUCAAGAAAAUUCUCGAGAUCAUCUUGGCGCUCGGAAACUACAUGAACAGCAGCAAACGGGGAGCGGUAUACGGUUUCAAGCUGCAGAGUUUAGAUUUGCUACUGGACACCAAGUCGACAGACCGGAAAAUGACUCUGCUGCACUACAUAGCCAAUGUGGUGAAGGAGAAGUACCAGCAGGUCAAUCUGUUCUACAACGAACUGCAUUACGUGGAGAAGGCCGCAGCAGUGUCGUUAGAGAACGUUCUGCUGGAUGUGAAGGAGCCAGCGGGAAUGGACCUGACCAAGAGAGAGUACAGCAUGCACGGUCACAACACCAUGCUCAAAGACUUCAUCACACACAACGAGGGCAAGCUGAAAAAGCUGCAGGACGAAGCCAAGAUCGCGCUGGACGCCUUCGACGAGGCCGUCAAAUUCUUCGGCGAGAAUUCCAAAACGACGCCCCCGUCCGUGUUCUUCCCGGUGUUUGUGCGCUUCGUCAAGGCCUACAGGCAAGCGGAGGAGGACAACGAGCAAAGGAAGAGAGCAGAGCUGAUGAUGAUGGAGAAGCUUCUGGAGCAGGAGGCCAUGCUGGACCAGGAGGACCAGAAGUCUCCGUCCCAUAAGAACACCCGGGGCAGGAGUCAGCAGCAGGAGGUGAUAGCUGAGCUGAGGAAGAAGCAGGUGAAGGAUACGGGUAGCCGCCACGUCUACGAGGGAAAGGACGGAGCCAUCGAGGACAUCAUCACGGAUCUUCGAAAUCAGCCUUACAGGAGAGCCGACGCGGUGAGGAGGAGUGUCAGAAAGCGCUUUGACGACCAAAACUUGCGGCCGGUCAACAACACUGAAGUUGUCAUGUGACGAGGGAACAGUGCAUGUGCUCGGAGAGGGGUGAAGGGGGGGUGAUGUGGAUGUAUCAGCCUCUCACUCUGGACUGAAAGAGAAAUGGAUGGACUGAAAGAGAUGGCUAGACUGAAAGAGAAAUAGAAGGACUGAAGGAGAGAGAGAUGGAUGGGUCUGAAAGGUCAGUCAUAGGGAACCUUAGACAAGCCAAGUGCCUGAAACGUACUUUUUAUGUGAUCAGUUUUAUUUUUUCAUUACUUCAAGCAAUGCAAUUUGACCUGGCUUUAACUGUAAUUUCCUUUGAUGUGUAAAACUGGACUCGAACGUGUGUAGGGGGAAUUCCUGGAAGAGAUUUUUCCCGAAAGAAGUGUAGAAUGUACAUGUGACACGGUUCCCGUUAUGCCUCGAUCACACCUCCCAGCGUCAUGGUACACCAGAAGCACAUGCAUUUCCAAUGGAGGCGCUGCGUUUGCCUUUGCCGCGUGGCAUUGGCAGUUGCAGUGCGCUCGAGUGUCUGUGCGUACGUCGGACAAACCAAACGCACGCAUCACAUUCUAUGCAUAUAGACGGCUUGACAGAAACGGUAGCAGAAAGGUGAAUGUGGAACUUCUGUUGUGCACAUAUCCAGAUGAGGCCGCGUGCCAUUUUGUGCAUGACACUGCAGGUGUGUUCGAGGCGUUAGGCGUCAAAGUAUUCCGCCACAGGUGAUGAAUAUGAUAUUCAAUAGCAAGUAUCUUAUUACAUUCCUGGUGCUACUGCCAUUGCUCUUGGAAUUCCAACAAUGUGCUCGAGUGGCACUUUAAAAAACGCAUUAGCUUUUCCAUCGUUGCUAAAGGGCUAAUGGCCUUAAAGGGGACAAGUCUUAGAUGAAAUACUAUGAAGCAGUGAUCCAAAACUAAUAUGCUCAAUGAAAGUACUUAAGCAAGUAUCAGGUAGACUUCUGUACACCAACGUGUGACCACAGUUAGAUAAAUCGUAUCGGAAAUAAUAUAACUCAGAGAGGUGUGGCUCUCUCGAAAUGAGACCAGGCUAAUGUGAAUUGUGUAUAGCUAGGCCUCUAUAUUACGGUAUUAACAUCUCAUUCAUCGGUGUUAACAUGGUUAGUGGACCAAGUCGUGAACAGUACCAGUCAAAGGUUUGGACACACCUACUCAAGAGUUUUUCUGUAUUUUUUGACUAUAUAUUGUAGAAUAACAGUGAAGGUAACAAAACUAUGAAAUAAUACAUAUGGAGUCAUGUAGUAUCCCAAAAAAAGUGUUAAAACAGAUGAAAAUAGAUUCUUCAAAGUAGACACCCUUUGCCUUGAUGACAGCUUUGCACACUCUUGGCAUUCUCUUCAGCUUCACCUGGAAUGCUUUUCCAACAGUCUUGAAGGAGUUCCCACAUAUGCUGAGCACUUGUUGGCUGCUUUUCCUUCACUCUGCGGUCCAACUCAUCCCAAACCAUCUCAAUUGGGUUGAGGUCAGGUGAUUGUGGAGGCCAGGUCAUCUGAUGCAGCACUCCAUCACUUUCCUUGGUCAAAUAGCCCUUACACAGCCUGGAGGUGUGUUUUGGGUCAUUGUCCUGUUGAAAACCAAUUGAUAGUCCCACUACGCGCAAACGAGAUGGGAAUGGUCAAAUCGCUGCAGAACGCUAUGGAAGACAUGCUGGUUAAGUGUGCCUUGAAUUCUAAAUAUAUCACAGACAGUGUCACCAGAAAAGCACCCCCACACCUCCUCCAUGCUUCACGGUGGGAACCACACAUGCUGAGAUCAUCCGUUCACUUACUCUGCAUCUCACAAAGACAUGGCGGUUGGAACCAAAAUUCCAAAAUGUUGACUUACCAAAUAAGGCUAUCUUCUGUAUACCACCCCUACCUUGUCACAGCACAGCUGAUUGGCUGAAACACAUUAAGAUGGAAAGAAAUUCAACUUAAGAUGGAAAGAAAUUCAACAAAUUAACAAGGUACACCUGUUAAUUGAAAUGCAUUCCAGGUGACUACCUCAUGAAGCUGGUUGAGAGAAUGCCAAGAGUGUGCAAAGCUGUCAUCAAGGCAAAGGGUGGCUACUUUGAAGAAUCUCAAAUAUAAAAUAUAUUUUGAUUUAUUUAACACUUUUUUGGUUACAACAUGAUUCUGUGUUAUUCAUAGUUUUAAUGUCUUCACUAUUAUUCCACAAUGUAGAAAAUAGUAAAACUAAAGGAAAAAAAUCCUUGAAUAAGUAGUUGUGUCCAAACUUUUGACUGGUACUGUACAUUGUCUGCUCAUGUAGACCUCAAGUGCCAUUCAAAUGCAAUGCUGUUAAGUGGAUGGUGGGGCUCUUGAGCCACAAUAGCUCUGGUCCGGGGAGUCGUUCGGGUGUGCUCUCGCGGUCCUUCGACCGAACGACUCCCCGGACCAGAACUAGAGCCACAAUUGACUCAGAGCGAAUAGGAAAGGUGCAAAAACUAAGACUUAUCAGCAGAUACACUUCCAGUCAAGUGUAGUGGCUACAAGGAAGGUACUUCAGGCUACUUGAGGAGCUUGUCAUGGAAACUGGAUUCCAAGUUUCUUUUUUUACUCUGAAAACCUGCAAUCGGCUAAUGAAUCACUAGGCAACUGUCCACUCACUAUUAUUGUACAUUUAAUGUAUAGUAUUUAACCACUGUAAACGGUAUCCAUUCAGUUUUGCUCACGUGACCCACUUUGACGUGAGCAACAGUCAUUUUUUUAAGUGUUUAGCUAGUUAUAUUUAAAAAAUGUCAGAACAAAAAGUACACAACAACAAAAAAGUUUUGUAAAUGUACAGAUAUUUUGCUACAAAGAUUGUUGCAUUGUUUUUUACUUCUUAAUCCACUCAUUACUAUAAGGUAACUAUUGUACAUAUUGUUUAAAACAAAAUGUGUAUCACCC